AUGGGAAACAGCCCGUCAAAGUCUAAUAACACCAAUUUCUCAGUACCGAAUUCGUCAACGAGCCAACAAAACUUAACGCCCAGUGAUGACCUUAAUGCCAAUGAACCAAUUGACCCUGAUGAUAGUAGGUCUCUACCUACUAUCCAUAGCAAUGAACAUUCGACUACGAAAAACAUAGAUAUAUCAAUGAAAGCGACGACUAUAACCAAUAGAUUAAGAGAUGGCAAGGGAGCGCCAAAGAAGUUUUCUCCGCCUAUGGAGAACACCACUGCUUCUGCAGACUCUGAUAUGACCAUGGUGCACCAGAGUCCGCCUUUAGCGAGAAAGGGCGGGAAAUCGAGCUUUGAUUUCGAUGUAGAUAUUUCUACUGCCAAGGCAUUUGCGUCGACAAAUGUGGUUAGUUAUAGUGGCAGCGACAGCAGCUAUAGUAGCACCGAUAGCACUGCUAGUAGCAAUCAUACUCUUUUCUCGCCGUCGCCGUCUACCACCACUACCAGCACCAAUGCCCAUAACAUCACUUCAUCCUUCGGCAGUGAUGCGGCUGCUGGCCCUUUCGGGUACUUGAAACCGACUGCGAGAUCGCCUCAAAGCAAUCUUCGCAAGCAGAUUAUGCACAAGGGCGUCGAGAACAACUCCUUGGUGAAGACGGGGGCGUCUAUUCCAAACUUCAGGGAUCCUAAGAAGAGGGUGUUUCUGAAGAGACACUCACACGACGCUUCUUCCAAUGAAGGGUUGGAUAUCGAUGAUGCAAUUGAGAAGUUGUUGAAGAUCGGUGAAACUAGGUAUUACAAAUCAAGAGAUUUUCCCUUCAGCUCAUGGGAAAUUCAGUUGAUCUGUUAUCACGCUAGGGAAAUCUUUCUCAACCAGCCCUCUCUGUUGAGAUUACAAGCUCCUAUCAAGGUGGUGGGCGAUAUCCAUGGCCAAUUUUCAGACCUUUUGCGAAUAUUGAAACUAAGCGGUGUUCCAGCAGAGACAAACUAUUUGUUUCUAGGUGACUACGUUGAUCGUGGUAAACAAUCACUAGAGACCAUUCUGCUGUUGUUCUGCUACAAGAUCAAAUAUAGGGACAAUUUUUUCAUGUUGAGAGGUAACCAUGAAUCCGCUAACGUUACCAAGAUGUAUGGUUUCUUUGAUGAGUGUAAGAGAAGAACGUCUUCGAAGACGUGGAAAAUGUUUAUUGAUGUUUUCAACACCUUACCAUUUGCUGCAAUUAUCCAAGACAGAAUCUUCUGCGUGCAUGGUGGUAUCUCUCCAGAGUUGAGAUCCUUGAGACAGAUCGAAAAUAUCGUUAGGCCAACAGACAUCCCUGACGAAGGCCUCAUAACAGAUAUCCUGUGGAGUGAUCCAGAUUCCACUGUCAGUGAUUGGUCCCUCAAUGACAGGGGUGUGUCAUACACCUUUGGUAAGAAGAACGUAAUUGAUUUUUGCACUCAAUUCAAGUUCGACCUUGUGAUCAGAGGACAUAUGGUCGUCGAAGAUGGCUACGAGUUCUUUGCCAAGAAAAAAUUUGUGACAAUCUUCUCGGCGCCCAAUUACUGUGGCGAGUUCAAUAACUGGGGUGCUGUUAUGAGUGUUACCACAGGAUUGAUGUGCAGUUUUGAACUUCUGAAGCCUCAUACCGCUGACAACCUCAAUGGCGGAAAGAAGAAAACCUCGUCAUCCACCUAUGCAAAAUCGAAGACGAAAGCCAUAAAUCGUUGA